UGUUUUGAACAUUGCGGGGAAAGAAUCAGCUGAGCAGGCCGUGUGAUAUCGCUAGUGGGUUGGAGUUAUAGUGGAAAUAGUGUAGUAAGAAGCAGACUAGUGAUGGGCAAGACACUGGGGGGUUAGGGAGAGAGAGAGAGAGAGAGAGUGAACCGAAAUUCUUUGAUGGUACCCCCCCGUGCGUAGAUUAAGAAACUCAACCCAUACAUAUCCUGGAAUUGAUUCCCAAUCCAUAUCGGUCCUGGAACGGAUAUUUAACUCAUACUGAUUCUGGAAUUAUGAUCCUAGUCGGGCAUGGAAUAGAUUAUGUACACUGUAAUCUCUUCGAGGACCUGAACCUCAUCCUGCACCCAUGCAGGUCAUGGAAUAUAUCAUGACCCUAUAAAGAUCCUGGAUCUGAUUCCCAAACCAUACCUGUCCUGGAACUGAUCAUCAACCUAUAUUUAAUCCUAAACUCGUUCAGAUUCUGGAUCUUGUGAAGAACUUUUAUUGGUCUUGAACAUAGUCCUAAUCCAAUACCGGUUCUGGAACUGAUGCUGAAGCCAUUCCGGUAAUCGGACUGAUCCUGGACCCAUAUAUAUCAUGGAAUAUGACCUUACCCGAUACCUAUCCUGGAAUUGAUUUGCCACCCAUACCGCUCGUGGAACUGAUAUUGAACUCUGGAGUGUGGAAUAGAUCCUGAUUCGGUGCCAGGCGUAGAAUAGCUUCUCAACACAUCUUCGGGAUUCAAAUUGAUGCUGAACUCAUUUACCUUCUGAGCCUACAUUUAAUCCUAAACUCAUACAGAUUCUGGAUCUUCUAAAGAACUCUUAAUGGUCUUGGAAUAGGCCUCAAACCCAUAUAGAUCCUAGAAUUGAUCGAAAUCCUAUAAUGGAAUCGAUUGUGAAACCUAAUCGAACCCGGUGCUGGAGCGGAUCGUAAACGCAUACUGCUUCUGGAAAAAAAGAACGACGAAAAGAUUGUCAAGGCACUAAGCUGUUACCCGAAUUGAAUUGUUACUAAUUUGCGUUCAUGUGGAUAGUACAGCAAUUUAACACCGUGAGAACUCUUUUCAAUGAAGUUUCUGAGGAUUGCAACGUUGGAGCUCCUGCUAUGCAUGCUAACCUAUAAUUUGCCUAUUUCGGUGGCAAAAGUUCACAUGAACUCGAUAGGACGGCGUAAGGCAUGAGGACCGAUCCCCCAUCGCGCGAGUGAGCCAUACCGUGUGCCAGAAAGAUCACCGCUGAUCACCCUUAAAUCAAACGGUCCCAGGCUUUGAUCAGCAGCAAAUAAUGCCAAUCCCAUCGAAGGUGCCGCAGGGUGCCAUAACGACAACAUUCCCCUACAUUUUCCCAUUUUUCUCAGCGCUGGAAAAUGCUUCUUCCCCUUCAUUUGGCGACCGCGACGGUGCGAGAGAGCGAAUACUGAGAUGAACUAACACUCUCCUGCACACUCGCUCCCUCUCUCACGCACACUCUCUCUCGGUGCGGGCUCCGGUGUGCCGGUUUUCGUGCAAGCGGAAGCAUACAUUCCGGCGCUGACCUCUGCGGUGGCGACAGUUGCGCUAACACACACGCUACUUCCGUCCCGGGGUGGCACAACGGCCCAACGGCUUGGUUUUUCCGUGCGUUUUGAAAUUGUGAAAGGUUUUAGUGUAAAGUAUGUGUAUGAUUUAGUAGUGAGUUACACGUGAAUUAGCACCAAAAGCACUAAAACACUAUAAAAUAUGUGACAGUCGUAAUCGAAUGUCACUCGCUCAGUGGAUAUCGCGUCUGUUUGUGUUGAAACAUUCCGGAAAUAGCAAACACAACAACGUGGGCAAUAGUGCAGAUGAAAAAACCAACCUACCAAAACAAACAACUCUCGCUGUACGUUCAUCGCAUUCAGCACACGCUGGUGGAAAAAUGUCCCGCCGGAAGCAGGCCAAACCGAGAGCACUGAAGCAUGAUGGCGAUGAGGAGGUUGAUGCGGCCGGUGUGGCUACUACGAUCCGGCAACAGAAUGGUACAGUGAAAGAUACUUCAGCUGAGGAGGACAUGAAAGGUGACAGCAUGCUAGAGGACAUUACCGAUGAUGAUAAGCGUGCCGGUGAGGGGCAAGAUUUGGAGGAUACAAGUGAUGAUGAGCCUGAGAUGGAUGUGAAGCCUAAGGAUGCGAAAGAGGGAAGUGUUACCCGGUGCAAGGAUAUGAAAAGUGUGUGUGAGCUGGAAGUGAACCCGUGUGAAGGAAGGUCGAGUGUUGGCGCUAAUGUCGCUACAUCCAAUGACAUCCAAGAGGAGGAUGAGUUGCGCGCGGAUGUGGGAAAAAGUGACUAUGUUGGGAAUAGCAGCACAGUUCAGGAGAAUCGAAAAGCUAUUGAGACAAACCAACCUCAACUAGUUGCUGAUGAUACUUCAGUGCAUUAUGGAGAUUCUGCUGGACAUCAAGCGAUAGCGGAAGAAGUCGAAGACAACGAUGAGGAACACGAGGAAAUCGAUGAUGAAACUGCUAAUAAUGAAGAUGACGAUGAAGAUGAUGAUGAGGUUGAUGAUGACGAUGAUGAUGUAGAUGACGAGUCACUUGGAGAUGACGAAGAGGGUGAAGCUGGUUCUAGACAUUUUGGCGGGGACGACCAAGAUGUUGAUGAUGAGUUCACAUCGGAUAGCUUUUGUUCAGAGCUAUACUCGUCCCACACUUCGUCCAGCUUUUCGCCCUCAAUUUCGGACGGCAUGACAACGCCCAACUCGAUCCCCGAGCCAAACGAUGGGCCAACCACGCUCGACUCGGGCGCCGCCGGUGAAAAGCAGUACCGGAACCAUCACCCGCAUCAUCAGCUGCACCCGCGGCAUGUGCAUCAUCUGCAUCAUCGCCGGGCCGGUGGCAUCGGUGGACAUUCUUCGACCGGCGGCAAGGAAGGUGGUGGCAAGUCGUCCUCGAAACACCAUCAACAGCAUAAUAACAACAACAACAACAACAGUAGUAACCACCACAAUCACAACAAUAACAACAACGGCAAGGGGCUGGGUGGUGGUGCCGGCAGCAGCACCUACCAUUGCCAGUUCUGCGAGAAAACGUUCCCGCGGCUCGGCUAUCUCAAGAAGCACGAACAGAGCCACACGGAGCAUAUGCCAUUCAAAUGUGAGUACUGUGCCCGACUGUUCAAGCACAAACGAUCGCGGGAUCGCCAUACGAAGCUGCAUACCGGCGAUCGACGCUAUCGCUGUCUCCACUGUGAGGCUGCAUUCUCCCGAAGUGAUCAUCUGAAGAUACACAUGAAAACGCACGACAACCAGAAACCGUUCCAGUGUACGAUCUGCAAUCGAGGCUACAAUACGGCCGCAGCGCUAACGAGUCAUAUGCAAAAUCACAAGAAGCAGCUGGCCCUGACCGGGAGUCCCAACCUUACGUACAGUCCACGCUCCACCACAAGCUCCCUGUCGAGUGGGGGAGGAAGUUGUGGUGGUAAGCGAGGGGCAAAGUUCUCGCCCUACUCCAACGACCCACUGAUGCUGAUGAGCCGCGGCAACUCCAAACUGUCCUCGUCCCUUUCCAAAGCCGCAAGUAAUCGAACUCCAACACCUGGCAGUACGGCCGGCGGUGGUGGCAAUGCAGCUCUGGGAGGUCUGGGAAGUGGUGCGGGAGGUGGUACCGGUACCAACCAUCAUCAGCAGGAUCUGCUCUCCUGUCCGUACUGUACGCGGACGGAUUUUGGGACGCUCGAACAGCUCGGGCUCCAUGUGCAGUCGAUGCACGGGCAUGGUGGUGCUGGUGCAUUGGGAUUGCUUGCUGGCGACUCCUCAAUGUCUUACUUCACACCUGCCGGUGGACGCCGUGCAGUGACACCCGAUGGGAGCAACGUCCCCCUCUCACUCGGUGGUCUCAGUCCGUAUCCACCGAUUAGCUGCGAGUUCUGCACGAUGAAGUUCCCAACCGUUCCGCUCAUGUUUGCCCAUCUCAAGACGGCUCAUCUGGAUCGGUUGGCUGGCAGUGGUGGUCAUCAACGAGGCUCACCAUCGAAUGGUACCGGCAGUCCGCUCGGGUCACGUCCUCCCAGUGGGUUCCAUCCGCUAGACCAGCUGCACUAUAACAAGAGCCUGCUUGGGAGUGCUUUCCCCUCCUUCUACGGUGGUGGUGGUGGUGGUGGUUCUUCCAACAGCCUUGCCGGAAUGUCCGGAGGCAGUAUUAAAGCCGAGCGCCGGCUAAUGGCCGAACGUGAUGAAAAUGGAAAUGAAGAAGAAGCGGGAGGUAGAAAGCGGCAGCGCAGAGGAGAUGAUGGAACAGAUGUUAGGGGGAGCAUGUCGAAACGGGACAAGCAGGAAAAGGAGGAGGAACGAGCAAUUGAAGGAGAUGAGGAGGACGAUGAGGAUGAUGAUAAUGACGUCGAGGGAGAAGAUAAUGAGGAGGGAGAAAGUGAGGCUCAUGGAGCGGACAAUCGAUGUGAGGAGUCCGUUGACUACAAGGAAGAAGCGAUCGAUACGAAGAUCACACCGAUCAAGCAGGAGCGAAAGGAAGAGCCUGCUGAAGGUGAGCCAUCUCCUUCGACUUCUGCACGAUCGUCUCCCUGUGGUGAUUCCCUGGAAUUGGGAAGUGGACGUCCCGGAAGUCAUCCAUCGGGACGUACAAGUCCAGCAGAGCAACUCACUCCAACGGACCUGAGUCAGCCGAAGAUGAAGCGACUCAAGCUGGAGACGCCCGAAGAAGACUCACUGACCGAUGGUGCGGAUAGGAAGAGGAUGUUGAUGACAGGGUCAGCAGCAUCUGGAAGAUCUCAAACAACUCGCGAGCAACACAAACAUCGUGGUCCAGCAACAACCGCAACUGCAGCAGGUCGUCGAGAUAGUGAAGCGAAAGACUCACACCUCCAGCACGGCUCACUGAUGCACUCUUCCUCUUCGAGCAGCAACGUCAAACACGCCCAACAGAUGGGUGCCCCUACUUCUACCGGAACAACAUCCCAGUACCACCAUCAACCACCCGGCGCAUACCUCUGCAAUCAAUGUAAUGCCGCACUGCCCGAUUUCGAAUCGUUCCGCACGCACCUCAAGGCACAUCUCGAGCAGAGUGCGGCCAGUGCGGCGGCAGCUGCUGCAAUGCGACUGUCGGGGGAGCAUGCUAACUCGGGCAGUUCCGGAGCAUCAUCGUCCCUUUCGCUUACGACCUUCCUCUGUCAGCAGUGUGGUGUAACGUUAAGCUGUCAGGCGGAGUACGAACAGCACACAAUUGGCCAUUUCCUUGUGAUGGCGGUCGAGUAUCGAUGUCAGGGGUCGACCAGUACUGCAGGCCCUGCUAGCUGCAGUGGUAAGAGCACCUUCGGCAAGGUGGAAGACCUGCACAAACAUCUGUACGAAGGCCAUAUGCAACUCCUCUACAAGUGUACGGUUUGUGGGGAGACGUUCGAAUCCAAGGUUCAGGUGCAGGUACACUUUGCCGUGAGUCAUUCGGUCGAGGUGAAGCUGUACCGCUGCUCAGCCUGUGCUGAAGUGUUCCGUUCGGAGCGUGAUUUUAGGCAACACAUUCGAAAUCGCCACCUGACGGCGGGUGCCGUCCAGUGUAUGUUCUGCCGCAUGGUUUGCUCGUCCGAGCUUGAGAUGCACUUUCAUCUUGCGUCGCACGCUAGGAAGUACAAAUGUCCAGCCUGUCCAGAGUCGUUCCAUGUGGAAUUCCUGCUCGAUCGGCAUAUUCAAACGCAUCACAGCCAGAAGGAGACGUCCUCACCGAACCGAGGCCGAGAGUCCGCCAACGGUGGCCACAACCUAUCAACUACAUCCUCCUGCUCCACCAACUCAACACCCUCUACGGCCACAGCAGUGUCGUCUACAGCUCAACCGCCCUCAACAACAACAACCGUUACCGGGCUAGACUACCUUCACCUACACGGACAAAUGGCGGCAAUGGCAGCAGCUGCGGCUUGGCCCACCCUAUACCAAACGGCCGCCAACAAGUUCUACAGCAACAACCCACUGCAAGUGGACACACUGUCCCAGCUGAAGCAUCCACAGCAACUACUGCACGGUUUCUACGACACCAUGCUCGGUAAAGCGCAACAGCAGCAGCAGCAGCAGCGUGGUGCAUUCCUUCCCGAGUCAUCCAGUGGUGGCAAGAAGAACCCCUUCGUUGCUGGCCACUCACCAAAUGCCAGUGCGAACGCUACUGCUAAUGCUCUGCUUGGACUAGGCUAUGGAGGUGCAUCACUUGCUUCAGGAAACUCCCAACAGCCAAGAACUUCCACGCUUAAUGGUUCCUCUUCUGGGCUUUAUUCCCCCGAGGAAGGUCCAAAUGGUGGUUCGAGUGUGGCCACUAGUAGCUCAAAGCUUUACUCUCCCAUUGCCAUGAUACAGCGGUACGGUGAUGGUGGUGUACUGCAUUCCACACCUGGUGCAGCGCCGCCUACUACUAGCGGUUGCCCUUCCCGCACGGAAUCUCCUACUCCGAGUGGGCAGCAACUUCUUUUGGCAGCUCACUCCUCGCUAAGUUCACUGCCUGAACAUCAUCCCGAACAGCAGCAGUCGAGUAAUCGAAAGGCAUCCCAACAGCAGUCAGGUCCUAAGACAUCAUCCGGUACAAUCACACCACAGCUGAUUGCACCCGGCUCGAACAGCUGCUACAGCUGCGGUAUCUGCGAACGGUCCGACUUUAGCACGGAGAGUGAGGUCCAAACGCAUCGCAAGAUUGUGCACAACUUGAAAACGGGCGUUAGUUUGCGGUGUGCGUACUGCAACGGAGACUUCCGAUCGAGGAAUGAGCUCGAGAACCACAUGAAGGUGGCACACAAUACGGGCGGUGGCAAGCACAAGUGUUUGAUCUGUGACGAAAUCUUCCCAUCGCCGGCAGUACUUGCCGAGCAUAAGCUGACGCACUGUAAGGUGGGUGCUUCGGGACGCUGUUCGCACUGUAGUUUGCCCCUGCCCGAUGCUCACACCUUCAAGCAGCAUCUGCCGGCUCAUCAGCAGAUCGGUGGAUCAUCCUCUGGAGCGACAGGAGGAGGCACCACCACAUCGACGAAUGGCUCCUCAAACGGAGGUACGUCUGGUGCGGGUAACUCCUCCACUGGACAGAGUGCGUCCUCUUCGGCCGGAGCUAAUUCGAGUGGCACGGGGACAAGUUCCAACACGAAUGCGGAUCAGGAUCGCUUCCCUCAGCAGUGCAUCUGUUGCCGACAAACGCUCAACUCUGAGUUUGAAAUUAGUCUUCAUGCCAAAUUCCACACCAAGACCGCGGAGACUAACGAACGCACGUGUGCUCUCUGCCUGGAGCCGUUACCUUCACAACCCGAGUCCAACACCAAGAUCUGUGAUCCCUGUCUGAAACGGCACAAUUUCCCAACGAAGCUCCUAUCGAUGAACUUCCUGAAGCCUGCCACCCCAUCUCUAGCGCCAACACCAACCCACGGUGGAUCAUCUUCAGCCGGUGUUGUUGUACCACCAACUCACGGUACAACCAUUGGUAACAGUGUCGCAGCAGAAGGAAGACCACCACUACCACCACCACCGCCAACAUGUUCGGGAAGUCUUCAACAAGACCCACAACAUCCGGGCGGCGCACGGGAUGGUUCAUCCUCUGCCCUGUUCCAGUGCAAUCUGUGCAAGAAACCGUUACCCUCCGCCCAAAAGCUCCAAGAACAUCUGAUCGAUCAUACGUUCGCGGGCUGUGAGGAGCGCGGCUACGUCUGCUACCUGUGCUCGGCCGUGUUUACCUCCUCGGCCGGACUGCAGACCCAUCUGCCGCUGGCGCAUUCUAACGCGGCCGCCAAACCGUACGACUGUGAGCGGUGCGGUGUGGCGUACUUCUUCCGGGCCGAGCUGGAGCACCAUCUGAUCGAUCAUGAGCUGGGCAAGGCGAUAAGGCCCUCCUCCUUUGAGCUAGCUUCUUCCGACGAGUGGCACACAAUGGUGCAGCAGCGUUCUCCGAUGGGUGAGGAUGAUGUUGGUGACCACACAGGCCACAUCAAGCAGGAACAGUGUGAGCCUGAGCAGGAACAGGAUGGAUCAUCAUCACCGUAUCACCACCAGAAAGAUGAAGAUUCUGAUGAUGGGAACGACUUCCAACAGCAUAGAAAUGGAGAGGAAACGAAUGAGGUGGAUAUGGAGCAGGAACAGCAGGAGGACGAGGACAACGAACAGCCUCACGCUGAGGUUAACAAUGGAGGACAACAGGACGACGAGGAUGGUGGUCGUAAUGAUGCAGCAGUAGGCGCUGAUGAGUGUAACGAUGCAGCCGACGAUGAUGAUGACGAUGAUGAUGGUGACGUAGAAGAUGAGGAGCACCAGGAACGACAGGAAGAGCAGGAAGAUGAAGAGGAGUACAUUGAGGUAGAGCACACUACGCUGGAUGAUGGUGGACGAGGAGGCAAGCAAGCAAGCGACGAACGGCUCCGUCGAACAUCGAACCUGUUGAUCAAUGGCGGGAAGGAUUGCUCUGCGCUGACUGCUACCACGACGGCAACCACUCUUCCGGUUGUAACGGCUGCUGAGUGAGAAGAAGUAGCACUGUUAUCGAUAGGAAUAGAUUAGUAUUUGAGGAAAGUGAGCAAUAAUGAGAGUAGGAGGGGGGGGGGGAGAAGUUCAGCACACUAGGAACAAUCAUAGAUCAAUGGUUGCGCACUCUUUCGAUCGAUUUCGUCCUUUUUGGCAGAUAACACCUAAAAGAAAAGGUACAUUGUAAGUUGAUUGAUUAGUAAUUCGCUUACAUUCCUUAACAUUAGCAUAUUAGUGAGCAUUAGAAUGGGCAUUGUACAUAGAGGGGGGCAAGCGAGAGCGAGAGAGCAGAGUAUUGAGCUAGAAAUUCAAUUAUAGACGGAAGGAGGAGGAAGCAACA